UUCUCUCUCACAGCAGGCACAACAGAUACCAUGAAGACUGUCUCUCUCACGCUCAUCGCCAGUCUUCUGGCAGCGCCAGCUGCGGCGGUCGAGUACACCGUCGCCACAUGUGCCGAUCUUGCGGAUGUCGACGAUACCCAGGUCACCAGCCUUACCAUCGACGCCAGCACCUUCGCCUGCGAUGAAUACACCCGCUUCCGUGUCCGCAACGCCAUGACCCUCAAGGCCACCGUUCCCGCAGUGGAGUUCGGGAACUUCUCGCUGAAGGUUCUCGGAGAGCUGACGGUCGAGCCCGACGUCAUGUUCAACGGUGUCGUUGACCAGGUCAAGAACGGAGGUGUUCUUUCUGUAGCCGAGGGGGCGACCGCGACCUUCAUGGGAACGUCGGAGUUUAGCGACAACUCUGUUGCAGUGAAGCAGAUCGGCCCGGUAUCCUGCGGGGACGGGUGCACGAGGAUUGGACGCGGCCUGAGCUACAUCGUCAAGAAGGGCGGCGCAAUCCACAACAAGGGGACGCUCACGUUCGAGGGAGACGCCACUUUCGAAAGGAACGAAGUCCACACCGAGGAUUCCGUCGAGCAGGGGAAGGCCGGGGCAAUCUCCAACACCGGCUCGGGCACCAUCUUGUUCAAGAGCAAGCUCACAAUGAAGGACAACGAGGCCGACGGGUUCUUCGAAGGCAUUGGUGGAGCGAUUUACAACCGCGGAGAAAUCGUUGUGGAAGGCGAGAGCCUUUUCUCCCUCAACACGUCCUCGGACGGCGGAGGGAUCUACCAGACAUCGAUUGGCACCAUGACGUUCAACGGCGCGGCCACUUUCUCCGAAAACAGUGCCUACGAUCUGCUCGGGGGCGGUCUGAUGAACGAUGGUGGCGUCGUCAACAUCAACGCCGGUAGUCUCUUUGAGCUCAACGGGGCCAGCGGGUCCGGUGACGGUGGCCUCGGUGGAGCAAUUUACAACACGAAUGCAGGCGUGGUAACGCUGAUGGGUUCGACAACUUUCAGAGAGAACGCGGCCUUCAUGGGUGGAGCAAUUUACACCUCUGACGGCGAUGAGGAAAACGGCGAACCCGCGUCCGUUACCACGUUCCCCGAUGACACCGUGUUCGAAGACAACAGCGCCGAGCACUGCCCGGACGUGCACAACGGCGACAGCGACAACUGCCCAGUGGUGUAAGACAUCAACCAGGUAGCGAUGUGCGAGCAUCAGGAUGAAGACUUGUUGAGCGACUAGACGUUUGUUGUGUUUCAGGGUUGUGAUGUUAUGAGUGUUUCCCACCGUUCACCUGGGAUUAGGCUUGGUGUAUGCAUUCCCCCACGCUUAAGGGUAUGUGUGGAUGUGCGUAGCGACGUGUUGCCCUUUGCUUGUAUUAUCCCAAACGGUUUGUGACGGGACACCAUCAAUAGAUUCCAGCUGUGAGGUGCCGCAUGCGCAUGUCUUCCCACCACUUCACAAGGCAUGACCCAGUGGCGCGAUUCCUUGCACAAGCCAGCUAGUCUGGAGUGGGUGAGGUCUGACCAUCCUCGGCGGAAGAAACGAGAAGAAAAGAGUGGUAUUUCCUGCAUUAUUCUAUGGACGACGCACAUGCGGAGUAGCCGAAAUGUUCUUGUCGUCGCCGUUGAUGUCGUUGUUACUGAGAGGAACGUACUGUAGUAACGUGCGCCAGACGCCAAUAUCCGAAGUUCGCAGCACGAAAGGCUGGAGACGUCACUCGUUAAGAUAUCACGCGGUGAUUACAAAGUUAGAGACAGGACUAUAUUUGGACCAGCGUAUUUGCUCAGCAGAAGCAGUCGCAAACUACUUCAUCAAGUUGAUUCUGCACGUUGUUCAUGUAGAUGUACAUCUAUGCAAGUGAUCACGUACGCUUGACAGCGUACUUUAAAUACGUGGUCAGCUGUCGUGUUGCAGCACUUCUUGCCAGCAAUAACGUCGUCUCUC